AUGGCCCCAUCUGCCUCACCCCAAGAGACUCUGCCAGCAGCAGGCGCAUGUGCUCAGGUCUCCGCCAUUGACUCGGCCAGCCUCAGCAAUCUACCUCUGGAGCCAUAUUUCCACUGCGAUCUCCCCCGAUUGCAGCGGGUGACCAUUCCCGCCUUUUCUUUCAUCAUCACCAAUGCCCGAGGCCGCCGGGUCUUGUUUGAUCUGGGGCUGCGUAAGGACUGGACCAAGCUGUCGCCGACCGCGGUCGCCGAGGUCUAUCAUGAUGAGCUGGGGAUCAGAUGCGAGCAGGAUGUCCGGGACAUUCUCGAAGCGCACGACGUGAGGGCAGAGGGGGUGGAAGCAAUCAUCUUGAGUCAUCACCAUUUUGAUCACAUCGGCGACCCCUCUCGCUUUCCAUCAUCCACAGCUUUGGUUGUGGGACCUGGAGUCUGCGACGCUUUGAUGCCGGGUUAUCCAGACCAAGAAAACGCGGAAAUUCUCACCUCGGACUACUUAAAUCGCCCAGUCCGCGAGAUUGACUUCACCCAGAGUGAUCUCUCCCUCUUAGGUCUACCCGCUUUGGACUACUUUGGCGAUGGCUCGCUGUAUCUGUUGAGUACUCCCGGCCACGCAGUGGGCCACAUGGCUGCAUUAGUCCGCACCACCGCCGACGGCACCGAGUCAUCCUUUGUACUGUUGGGCGGCGAUGCCUGCCAUCAUUGCGGCGAGCUUCGUCCGUCGACGAGACGGCCCCUGCCUUCUUCUCGAUCAUCGUGUGUUGCCAGCUUCCUCGAAACUCACGACAUGGACGGAACGCAACCUUUCUUCCAGAUCCAGCGGGAUCCACAGUACGCUGCGUACUGCAAUGACAGUGACGAAGCACAGCGGACCAUCUUUCAGUUGCAGCGCUUUGACGCCCUGGAUAGUGUCUUGAUCAUUUUCGCCCACGAUCUCACUUUGAAGACAAUCAUCGACGAGUUCCCAGCGACGCUGAACGAUUGGCGUGCAAAGGGCUGGGGAGACAGCGGUCGAUGGCGUUUCCUUCAGGAUUUUGAACCCAUGGAAAAUCUGUAA